GACGUUCUUGUUAGCGCCGUGCCGUGUCAUAAACUGCUUGUGGCACAUGUAUUUUUUAACGAUAUCUCUUUCAGAGUGAUAUUUGUAUUUAUUACGAAGUGACACUCACAAUAGACAACAUUCAGGAUGCAGGGUCCAGCAGUUUUUAUGGAUAUAUCUCUCGAAGAUCAGGCCCUUGAACUAAGAAAAUACUUCAAAAGCCUUGGUGCUGAGAUUGCAGAGGAAAAAUCUCCCAAAGGGAUUGAAGACGAUUUACACAAGAUUGUGGGAGUUUGUGAUGUUUGUUUCAAAGAACCCAAUGAGUCUGAGAUAGAAGCGAUACUAAACAGUAUUGUAUCUAUCAUGGUGUCUAUUCCCUUGGAGAGAGGUGAAAAUCUUAUCUUGGCUUUCAGUCAGAGGCUUACAAAGGCACCUGGACCUAAACUCGGCAUGGUGGUGCUACAGUCAUUAUGGCGCCUAUACAAUAACUUGGAGGCCAACUCACCUCUGCGUUACCAUGUAUACUACCAUGUCAUUGAGUUAGCCGCCCGUGUUGGCUAUGUCAAAGAGGUCUUCACUGGUGUAGACCAGCUGAGAAGAGAGUUCUCUGCUUGCACACCCUCCAAUGAACAAAUGCAGAAACUAUACAGACUUUUGCAUCAAGUUUUGAAAGACCAGAACAGUGAAUUGGCAUCAAAGGUGAUGAUUGAACUCUUGGGCACUUACACUGAUGAGAAUGCUUCAUAUGCAAGAGAGGAUGCCAUCAAAUGUAUUGCUACAGCUCUAGCUGACCCCACUACAUUCCUGUUGGACCCUCUGCUUGACCUCAAACCUGUACGAUUCCUGGAAGGUGAACUCAUCCAUGACCUGCUCACCAUUUUUGUAUCAGAGAAAUUAUCCAGCUAUCAGACCUUUUACAAUAAUCACAAGGAAUUUGUUCAUUCUCAAGGUCUUGAUCAUGAACAGAAUGUAAAGAAAAUGAGGAUAUUAUCCUUCAUGCAGAUGGCUGAAACCAACCCUGAACUAAGCUAUGAUGAGAUUACAUCUGAAUUACAAAUUGAAGAGAAAGAUGUUGAAGCUUUCAUAAUUGAAGUAUUAAAGACAAAGUUGGUCCGUGCGCGCAUGGACCAGGCAGAGCGCGUGGUCCGCGUGUCCAGCACGAUGCACCGCACGUUCGGGCGCGCGCAGUGGCAGCAGCUGCGCGACGUGCUGCUGGCCUGGCGCUCCAACGUGCACUCCGCGCACGAAGCCAUGAAGUCCGUCGCCGCCGCGCAGAUCGAAUACGCCGCGCAAAACCAGAAAGCAUAAACUUGUAACGUGCAGAUUGUUACAUAGCCUGCAUAUACAAAAUAUACUUUGUAUAUACUAAAGCGUCCGAAAUAAAACAUCUGAUUUCCGAGUUUCA